UUUGUCAAUAUGGCUGAGAAUGGUGAAGAGCUUGCAACAUCCGGAGCAAUUCUAGAGAACGUGUGGGCGAGCUUUAUUGGUGGGAAUGGAACAAGAAAUGCACCAGAAUCGUCCAGAACCUGGGAAGAACGACUGCCUAGUCUUGAUGGGAUAGAUGGCUCGAUGGAAAUUCUAGGACGGCUACCAAGUCUUGGAAGGUGGAUAUCAAUGGGAGCUGAGGCCUGGGAAGAACCCCUUGAUGGUAUUAUCCCUGAAAACAAUGUGGAACCCGCAAGUGCCACCGACGGCGCUGGCUCGAGCUUACAAAAGAUGAAAGCAAGAGUCGAGAAGGCGGCGACACGGCACUACAGGGGAGUGAGGAGGCGGCCAUGGGGAAAGUAUGCUGCAGAGAUCAGAGACUCCUCAAGAAAAGGCACUCGAGUUUGGCUUGGGACGUUUCACACGGCUGAGGAAGCGGCUUUAGCUUAUGACAAGGCGGCUUUGAGAAUUAGAGGCCCCAAGGCAUAUCUUAACUUCCCACUUGAGAUGGUUGCUGAGGCUUUAAAACUUGAUUGCUCAGGAAAUUAUGUGAACUGUUCUUCUAUAACUUCUCAAGAAGAUAGCUUCACAGUUUACAAUCCUCGAAAGAGAGCACUGAGAGAGUGGGAAGAAGAUAUUGACAUGGUGAUUGAACAGCCUGCAGUGAAGAGAAUGACAAGCAUUGAAAAGAUACAAGCGAAUGAAUUUGCUGAUCAUGUUCUUGAGUUUCAGGACCUGGGGAGUGAUUACUUGGACAGUUUGCUGUCUUCUUUUUGACUUAAGUACAGGAUAAGUUAUUCAUAGACAA